AUGCAACGAGCACCGCGUAUAUGUGAAAUUAAAAUGAAACCAGAAGAUACUAGUUUUGGAUUCGCGGUUGCUAAUGGCAACGAUGGUUCUGGACUCUACAUCCAAGACGUGGUACCAAAUAGUCAGGCAUACCUAGUCGGUUUAAGAAAAAAUGAUCGUAUUCUUGAAGUUGACGGCAAAAAAGUCGAAAAUGACGAGUCAUCAUCGAUCAUAGCUGAGAUUAGUAAAGCGAAAUCAAAAGAGCACAGGAUGGCAUUUUGUACCACUAUAGCUGCUUUGCGUGGACAUUUUUUUGUAGCACAACCACUAGUACAAGCACAAGCUUCUACAACUGGAUUAACACCACUACUAACUCCUUUUUAUAUUGCUUGUCGAAAUAAUAAAAUUGAAUUGGUCAAAGAACUUCUUGAAACAAUGACGCCGGAAGCCAUCAACAGGAUUGAGCCAAAUGGUUCAACAGCACUUCAUGUUGCUUCCUAUCAAGGUCAUAAAGAAAUCGUCGAACUGCUUCUACAAAACCAUGCAAAUCAUGCAAUAAUCAACAAACAUAACUGUACACCAUUAGAAGAGGCAAAAACAGAUGAAAUUAAACAAUUGAUCAUCACUCGUCGAAAAAAUACACGUUUUUGUAGUGUAGCAAUUGAAUGGAUUCUAGCCACGAAUGAUGCUGAUUAUCAAGCACAUGAGUACUGGAAAAAGCUGGAAGCGUAUGGUAAAGACCCAAAGUUUUACCAUUUCAUUAAUUACAUAAAAGAGGAUUAUGUUGAGAAAGACUUGAAAGAAAUUGAUCGUAUCGAUACUAUCAGACAAUAUUUUGAUCGUGCUUUUAUGGAACGUGAUCCCCUCUAUUUGAUUAAAGCAUAUACUGCUGAUACCGGUUUCUACUCUACACUCAAUGUCCACCUUGCUCAAUUACGUCUUGAGAAUUUAACAGCCAUAGACAACCUCAGCCGAGCCCAUCUUAUCGCUAUCAUAGCUCGUCAUCCAAAAUUUGAUGCACUAUCAUAUAUUGGGACAACCUAUCGUGGUAUGUUGAUUAUAGAUGAGGACUUGAAACAAUACAAAGUUGGCACACGUAUAUUAACAAAAACAUUUUCGUCAACGUCAAAAGAAAUAGCAGUUGCACGAAGAUUUCUCGAUAGUUCUGAUAGUAGUGGUAGAUUCGAUGCAAUUUGCACCUAUACAAUAAGAAAUCAACGUACCGCAUUAGACAUAGAAAAGGUAUCUGUAUUUAAAGAUGAACAAGAAGUACUAAUUCUACCAUAUUCAGCAUUCAAAAUAAUUGAAAUUAGACGAAAUGAAUCCCGAAUUGAAAUUGAACUAAAAGAAUGUGAGCCAUGGAAUUAA